AUGAAUUCUUUAAAAUCUGUUGAUUUGGUAGUGGAAAAUUUGAAGGACAGACAGAAACUGAAAGAUUCGCGCAUACAUCCGAUCUCUCUACUUUUGGCUCGAUCAACAUAUGAAAGAGGAGCUGGAUUUAGAGGAAGGUUAAAUUGGCAGUGCAACAAAACUAUUGUCGAUGCUUUGGAAUUCGCAUUCUACGAAGCAUUCCAUAACGUGCAACCCACCAACAAACGCUACUGCUUGGCUGUCGAUGUCUCAGGAAGCAUGGGAUUCCGUAUACAGAACAGUUGUCUGACUUGUAGUGAGGCAGCCGCUGCUCUUUCGAUGGCCAUUAUCCGCACUGAGCCACAUGUAACAUCGGUAGCGUUUUCGGACGAAUUGGUACCGUUGGACUGGAGAAAGGACAUGAAUCUAUCUGAAGUCGUGCAAAAUGCUAAAGAAAUUACAAUGGGAGCAACAGACUGUGCGCUGCCAAUGCUUUGGGCAGAAAGAAAUGAAAAACUGUUUGAUGUGCAUCCGUUUCAAGCGCUGCAACAGUAUCGGAAGAGAUUGGGUAUUCCGGAUGCGAAGCUGAUUGUUAUGGGUAUGGUCUGCACAGAUUUCAGCAUAGCAGAUCCCAGCGAUCCAAAUAUGCUUGACAUCUGCGGUUUCGAUUCUUCGGUGCCUCAGCUGCUUGUUUGUAUAGCUGCGCAAAUAUGUUGCAUGAAUGGCAAGCCAUUUGAUGUAUGGAAAGCUAAAGAUUUUAAGUAG